GCCCCCAGCUCACGCUCAACCUCGUGGUUUGUGGCCUCGGCACAGGGAUUUUCACACUGCCUUGGAGUACAGCAGGUGCGUCCUGUACGGUUGGCGUUCUUAUUGUAGCAGGCGUUCUGGCACUGAAUGCUUGGACCAUCUUCAUCUUAAUCGAGGCGGCCGAGGUCCAUCAGGCUUUUGAUAUUGGAUCUUUACUGUCGAGCUUGCCCGGAGCUCUCGGACGAGUAGCUCCGCCGGUGGUAAAUGCAGUUAUUUGGAUUGGAGGCUUCUUUUGUCUCGUCUCCUACGUGAUAGUCAUCGCCGACUGUGCUGGCCCCAUGGCCGGAGUGGCAGCGUGGAAACUGAAAGCUUUGACCUCCGUUUUGGUCCUUCCUCUUUGCUUCUUGGACAUGGCCCCAGUUCAGAUGCUAGGGCGACCUGUAUGGGUCUGCAGAUUCUGCCGUCGGAGACAGCUUCGAGAAAUGUGA